AUGGAAGAUUUUUAAUAAGCUGAAGAUUAAUAAGCAUCGUAGGUCUUUGAAGAUAAUCAACAAGAAUCACCAAGAAUAAACGAAAACGACAAAUCAAAUGAUUCUAUUCCAACUGAUGAAUUGACUGAUUUGUAUAAUUCUUCAGAGGAGUAAUAAAUCUAAAACUAAAAUCAAAGUCAAAAUAAUCUAUAGCCUUAUUUAGAUGUCUAAGCAUCUUAUAAUCAAACUUAGAUGCUUCAAAUUUCACACAAUAUCAUUGAAUAGAUGUAAUCUCCUUCAUCAAAGAAAAAAUCUGAUAUUGAAGAGCUCAAGCAAAUAAUUGAGCUGUAGAAAGUAUAAUUAGAUCGAAUGUAAAAUGAGAAUGUAAUGCAGUAAAGCAAAAUAGAUAAGCUUACCACUAUGAUGACCAAUUAAAAUGAUGAGAUUUAAGUUUUGAAACGGCAAAUGAUUAUUCAGCCAGGUACGGCCAAUACUCUAAGUUUGAGUAAUUAGAGUUCACUAUCUAAGAUAACUAAUUUCAACAGCUAAAGUUUAGUGCCAUUAUCCUAAAACUAACUUAUGAUUAAUCCUCGAUAAUCUGACUUUUGGAAGGAAAAUGAUUAGGAGUUUUAUACCACAAAAAACCCAAACAAAAAAGUAGCAUUAGAUCCCAUUAAUAGAAAUAAAAAUUUAUAAGUAUUAGAUGAGAUUAAGUAAGAACUAUGGGUUUCAAAAGAGAGAUAAGAGUAAUAGAAAGUGAUUGGUCAAAACCUGUCAAAAUCUUACAAGGACAGUAGAAAAUAAUUAGAUUAGUUCCAAGAUGUGAGGGUAUCCCAAAAAAAGAAGGAAAAGCUAAAGUCUAAUACUUUAAAGAAAGCUUCAAAGAAAGUUUUCAAUGAGGACUUAGUUGAAAUUGGGGAGACACUAGAUUUGUAGGGUGCAUCAUCAAGAGUAUUAUCAGAUCAAAGGGACUCUACAACUGAAAAUAGGUCAGUUGUAUAGUUGCAUAGUCAUUAGCAAAACUUGCAAAUUUAAAGGAAAAAGAAUGCAAGUUAAAUUUAAGAAUAAUAACUUAGUUAGUCAGUAAAAAGAUAAGUAAAUCCCAAUAAGAUUAACAAACUUGAAGCAUUAAAAUUUAAGAUGCAGUUAUAGGCUAGAAAUCUAAAAUUAAUCAAGGAACAUGAUUUUUAUAUGAGAGAUAUAGAGAAGAAAUAAAGAGGUGGGUAACGCGAGAAUAAGUAGUAAACUAUGCAUACAGUUACAAGACUCUAUAGAGAUCUGGAGAGGACUCAAAAAUAGUUGAAGCAGGAACUUCAAUUGGCAGAAAGAUCUGGUGAUUUAGAUGAGGAACUACUAGCUGAAUGUGAAGGCUUAUUUUAAGAAGUUGAUGAUUAUUUCCGCUAACAGUAAAGAGAGUUCGAGGAAAGAAAGGUUAAAAAGGAUUAUACUAAAGUUAGUAGCAGAAUCAACUCAAAUUUAAAGGGAAUUAAACACAAUAAACUAGUUGCAAUAAGCAAAGAAGAUCUUAAUUAAUAGGAUGAGAUGGAUGAUGAUAUAGAAGAUUAGUAAUUGAAUGGAUUAAGUAUACAACCAUAUGAUAGGUCUAAGUAUCACUAAUCAAACAUUAAUUCCAACAGAGGCAGGGAUCAAUACUCUCCGCAUGGCGAUGUUGGCUCAAGUAAUUAUAAUAAUGAAUAUCCAACUUAAGGCAGAGGGAAUGUAAAGUUACCUCAAAUAAUAAGUAAUAGAGGUGGACCUACUUUAAAUGUAGUCAAUAAUCUUAAAAAUUCAAACAAAAAUCUCUCCAUAAAAAGUCAAAAAUAUUAGUAUUGA